ACCACCCACCCACCACAGAACUUUUUAGUUGGUAGGAAGGAACAUUUUGCGCCUCAGAAUAGUCUGCUGCCUUAGUUUAUUAACGUUGGACAGGAAUGGGGAUAAUGUUCCGGAGUACUAGGACAACAGCAUGGACCCUUAUUCAUGCCGUCACGAGCAGGAGAAGAGACUAAUAUAUUAUGUUUUGUAACCAGGCUAGCUUUAUACGUGAGACUGAGGAACGACCUAGUCAGAAGCGAAAAUGGAGCCUGAAAAGGCAAGGGAUGGAGCGGGGGAAACGGAGCCCGCGUUAACUGCCUUACCAUUCGACGUAGCCUGGAAUGGAGACCGAAACAUUGAAAAGGGAGGUCCCGAGGAAGCAGCGCAACGAGUCAGUCGAAUGGACAGUUCUGGUGGUUCCUGUGGCGACGAUUCCGGUGUGACCGACGCAGACGGGACGGCGGGACAGACGAGCGACGGUGAUAGUGACUCAAGCAAGCCGCUGUCCCUGCGCGAGGCCCCUUUCCCCCUGCGCCAGCGCCACCGCCUGCAGCUGCACGUGGCCAUACCCGGCAGUCCGGAGGGGCACGAUGGGGGCGGGGCGGGGGCGCAUGGCGGAACGAAUGGGGCGGGGAUGGCUGGUUCCGGGCUCGGUGUUAGUGUAGCAAAUGUGAUAGGCGCGAACAUGGGCAUGGGGAUGGGGGAAGGCAUGGGUAUGGGUGGUGCAGGGAUGGAGGAUGGCAUUGGUGGCCUUCCAUGGAGCAUGGGGGGCAUGAUGGGAUGGGGGAUGGGGGGAAUGGCGUCGUCAGAGGCAGCGGGUGAGCUGAGUCCCCCCAGCAGGGCCGUGGAUGCACUCAUUGGCAGCUCCGUGGAGUCAUUCCUCUUCGAUGACAUGGACGGGCUCUUUGGACCAUCCUUCGGCCCCCUCACCUCCCAUCCCGUCACCUCCCCUCCUGGCCCCUCCCCUCCCGACAUCCUCACCAUCAGCCAACCCUCCUCCCCUUCCUCCUCUCUCUCCUCCCCCUCACUCCCCUCCUCGCCCUCUGCUCUCAUAAGCCCGCGUUCAGCCAAUCAGGGGCUAUCCCAGUCACUCGCUCCUCCCCCCAACCACCCGCUUUCCUUUCCGCCUGAGUCUGGGACGCCCGCUGCUGCUGCCACGUCAGCUGCUACAGGGCAUGACAGCAACCACGUGUCGCCUCUUAUAUCAGGCCGCGCUACUGCUGCUGCCAGUCCAGCUGCUGACGCGGAUCGUGCUACAGUCAGUUCUACGGGUGCUACAGCCAGUGCUACAGAGGACAGCGCUUGUGGCCCUGCUGCUGAGUCAGGAAGAGCAGCAGCAGCAGCAGCAGCAGCAGCAGCAGCAGCAGCAGCAGCAGGAGCAGGAGCACCAGCAGGAGCAGGAGCACCAGCAGGAGCAGGAGCAGCAGCAGGAGCAGGAGCAGGAGGGGGAAGAGGAGGGGGAGGAGGGAGCGGCACUGCACAAACCAAGCCAGAUGGGACUGAGGCAGGGGGAGGGGAAGAUGCAGAAAAGGGCUCGCCAGGGAGCGUAAUCCAGAGCAGCAGCGCGCCGAGCAGCAGAGGGGUGGGCGUGGGCGUGGCCCACCUUGGCGUGGGGCUGGAGGUGUUCCCCUCUGACCUCCGAAGCCCCUCCGACUCAUCCCUGCUCUCCUCCCCCUCGCGCAUGCGCCGCCGUAGGCACGGCAUUCCAGGGAUGGGUGCUGUGGGUGGUGCGGCUGGUGUGAGUGGUGCAGGGCUACAUGCCAGGAGAAGCGUUGCCACCAGCACCACCGUCCCUCUGUCUCCGCCUCCUCCUCCUCCUCUUCCGCCUCCUCCCGUUUCGUCUUCUGAUUCCGCUGCCAUGAGAAUCAAGGGCAGGGACGAGAGUGGGGCCAGCAGUGGAAGCGCGAGUGGCCGUGCCCAUCUCACCUGGAGUACAGCCAGCAGUGGCGGUUUGACCAAUGGCAGUGGUGGUGGUGAUACUCCCUGCAAGAGCAGUGGUGGUGAUAGUCCUAGCAAGAGCAUUGCUGAUAGUCUUACCAACGGCAGCGGCGAUGGCAGUCUUAGUCCUGGCAGCAGUGUGAGUCCCCGGGCAGUGAAUGUGGAGCUCAAUUCCCCCAGCUUUUCCUCCUGGCAACUCUCCUCUCUCCCCCUGCCUGCCGUCCCCCUCCCCUCCUCCUCCCCCUCCUCCCUCUCCUCUCCUCCGCCUCCCUCUGUGCACGCGCCUGCUGCCACUGCUGGUGAUGCUGCUGUUGGUGGUGGUUCUGGUGUUCGAGAGCCAGUGUAUUCAGGUGGUAACGAUUCGUCCAGCGAAGCUGUGGCCAUGCGCAGCAUCACAACACAAGCAGAGCCAAGGGCAGAUGGCUGGGGACAGGGACAGGGACAGGGGGCGCAGGCACAGGCACAGGCACAGGCGGAGGCACAGGGGCCGGGACAAGGGGAACAGGCAGGCGCCAGUACUGGUGCUGGUGAGCGGCAGCAGGCACGAGGAGGGGUGGCGGACGACGAGGCGCUAGCAGCAGCGCAGGUGGAAAGGCAGACAGCUGCACAGGCCGAGGCAGAGGCAGAGGCGGCAGCAGCCGUGCGCGUGCAUGGCAUGGGGGCGUUCGGGGGGACUAUCUACAGCUACACUGGCGGCCACAUCAGCAGCAGCAGCAACAGCAGUGGCAGUGGCAGUGGAAGUGGCAGUGGCAGCAGUGGCAGCAGUGGCAGCAGUGGCAGCGGUGGCAGCAGUGCUUUUCCUGAUGCGUCCGCCACUCGCCUCACCCUUCCAGCCUUCACCAGUAACGACCUUCCCUGGCGCAGGAAGAAGCCCCCUCCCCCGUUCAGCCAGCCGCCAGGGCUUGCAGUGGGUGAAAGGGCGCGGGGAGGGGGGGGUGAGAGCGGGGGAGGUGAGGGAGAGGGCGGAGGAAGGGCAGCAGCAGCGGCAGCGUUAGGAGGCACUCCGUCCCCUCCCUCAUCUCCCGAAGUGCCUCAUUUCACCCUUGAACCAGCCACCCUCAUAUCUUUGUCACAUAGGAGGGGAGCAGGUAGUGAGGGCAAGGAGGGGCAUGCAGGGAUCGUAAGUAGGAGCAGCAGUGGGGGGGGGGAUGCAGAGGAACGAGAGGGUGAGGCCCAGGAAAGCAGAGGGAAGGCAGGUGAGGAGGAGGAAGUGGGGAGGGAUAGAAGGGGCAGCAGGCACAGCAGCAAUGACCAGGGCAGUAACAGCCAGAGUAACGAGAGCAGCAGCAGAGGAGGCACUAGCAACACGCGGCAUGCAGUAUCCACCUCUCUCCUUGAUGGUUUCUCAUCUCUAGGUGCCGGUGCCGCUGACUCCAUGCCCCCAUCCCACUCUGAGUACGAUGAGCCCACCUCUCGCUCCUUCCCCUCCAUCCGCGCCCUCCUUCAAGCUGCUUCCUCCGCCGCCUCUUCUGUUCCCUCUGCCUCCUCCUCCGCUCCCUCUGCCUCCACCUCUGCUGCGCUCACAUCUGCUGCUGCGCCUGCUGCCGCCUCCUCAACUUCCUCACCUCCUCCUCACGCUUCUGCCCGGAAAUUUCAGAAGUCGGGCCGGAAUUCUGUUUCCCUGCCCAACGCCGCUCUUUCCCGGGCAGCGGAAACUGCCCUUGCAGCAGGCCGUGGGGGUGUAGGGCAGGCAGGGGGGGGUGAGAGUGAUAGAGAGGGGGAGAGAGGAAGGGAAGAAGAGAGGGACAGAGACAGGAGUCUGUCCGGCUCCCCUCUCGCUCACACCUUCCAUGUUGCCGCUCCGAAGAAUCUGCGACACUUGGUGGUGGCAGCAACCUCAGCAAAAACCGCGUCCGCGUCAGCAUCAUCACCAACAUCGUCAGCAGCAUCAGGUGCAGCAGGAGCAGGAACCUUCCCAGAAGAACCGGCCGUCCGCUCGCCUCGAUGGGCCUCUCUUGACGCCCCGGCCUCCCCUCGAAUCUCCUCCUUCCUCUCCCCCCGCCGCACGUUUCGCCACGAGAUGAGGAGGCAGCGGUGGGGGGGAGGAGCGAGGGAAGGGGGGAGGGAGGGGGGGGAGGGGUCUAAUAGUGCGUCCUCGUCACCUUCUGCCUCCCCUCGGGGGUUCAGAGAGGGUUUGGGGUUCAGGGGCGGGUUUAGGUCUUUGUCUGUUGGGGAGGAGGUGGGGGGGAGGUACGCUGCUGGGGUUAGUGGGCUUAGGCCGGUGGACGGGGAGAGGAGGGUGGAGGAAGGGGGUAGGACGGUUGGGGGGAAAGAAAGGUUGGUAGGGGAGGAGGGGGAGGGGGAGGGGGAGGGAAAGACAGGGAAGAGAGGGGAUGAGGGGCAUGGUGGCCCGGAUCAAGCAGGGCAGAGGGUUGCUGGAGCAGCAGCAGAAGCAGAAGCAGAAGCAGAAGCAGGGCAAGGGACUGUUGGUGCAGGUGAAGCUGCGGCUUCUGCUCUCCCUGCUGCGUUCCCAUCCGGUUCCACCCCUCCUCUCCGCUCCAUGGAGGAGACGGAGGGGGCGGGGGAUGGGAUGAAGAGGGAAGGCGCAGGAGGCAGGGGUCGUUCUGGGCAGCGCAUUGGGAAGAGAGAAGCAGCACGGGAUCUGGAGCAGGCGCUUAGGAGGUUCCUUGGAGCGAUUGGGGAGCAUGGGGAGAGCGGGGAGAACGGGGAGAGCGGGGAGAGUGGGGAGAGUGGGGAGCGUGGGGAGCGUGGUGGUGGAGACAGAGUGGUGGGGCGGAGUGGGAUAGGGCGAGUGACGGAGAGUGGAGAUGAGGGAGGCGAAGGAAAGGAAGGGGCGGAAAGAGCGGGUGGUGACGACGAAAAGGCAUGGAAGGGGGGUGCGGAUGGUUCUAGAGCUUCAGGUGAAGCUGGUUCAAGGGAAAAGAUAGGCGAAAUGACAGCUGAAACGGCAGGUGAAACGGCAGGUGAAACGGCGGGUGAAACAGUAGGUGAAAUGGCAGGUGAAAUGGCAGGUGAAAUGGCAGGUGCUGGUGAACGGUUGGAUGUGGCCGAGGAGAGCGGCACACGCUCGACAGAAGAGAGGUUGUCUGGUAGGACGGAUGGUGAUAGGAGGUGGAUUGGGGAACAUAUGGAGCAGGAGAGACGACGGGGAGAAGAGAAGGGAGGGGGGAGGAGGGAGGAGGAGAGGGGAACUGGAAAGGUAAGGCUGGGAGAGGAUGGUAUGAGCUUGAGUGAGGAUGGUAAGGGGUGGCUGGUGGAGGGGGGAGGGUUGACUGUGGAAGAUAUGGAGAGACACUCUCGGAGUGAGGGGUAUGUGCAGGGAGGCGUUGGGCUGGAUUGGGGAGAGGUGACGGUUAGAGGCGAGGAGAAUGGUAUGGAGGAGGAGGGGAGGGGGGAUGAGAAGGGGAGAGGGGAAGGGGAGUGGAGUGGGGAGGGGAAGGGGAGAGCUGACGAGGUACUGGUGGGUGCAGGGGAGGGAAGUAGAGAGGAAGCAAGGGCGUCGAAGGUUGCUGAAAAGGAGGAAGGGGAGCACGACCAGACAGAGAAGGGGAAGAUGGGAGAGAGGGGAGAGAGGGGAGAGAGGGGAGGGAAGGUUGAGAGAGACGGCUUUGUAUCAUCUAGGGAGUUUAUUUAUGAGGCACCCGAAAAGUCGUCUUAUGAGGAAAAGGGAGAGAGGGACGAGAGGGACGAGAGGGAUGAGGAGGAAGAGAGGGAAGAGAGGAAUGAGAGGGACGAGAGGGACGGCGACUCGUCUGAGGAGGAGUUUUACGAGGCAGAGGAGGGCGCAGAUGGGAUUAGCCUGGGCGAGGAGGACGAGGCCGUGGUGGACGCCUUCCUCAAGGACCAGGCCGGGGAGGACGCGGGGCAGGGGCGAGGGGGGGGGGAGGGGGAGGGGCGAGGGACACGUGGACGGGAGAAAGGGGAGGCCGCAGGAGAGAGGGGGACAGGGGGGGGAGGUGGGGUGGGGUUGACGGUUAGUAGUGUGGGAGUGGAGAGUGGGGAGAGUAUGAGGGGUGUGCUCGAAAGCCAUCAUGGCUGUGGUAUAACCCCCUGUGCGGACAGUGGGACGAUCAGUGAUGAUAGUGGCAAUGCCAGCACAGUCGCUGCACCGUCUGGGCUUGGGGAAGAGGCAGAGGCAGCGCAAGAGACAGGUUGGGGAGGGGCAGGGGCGGCAUCAGAGGCAACAGCAGCAGCAGCAGCAGCAGCAGCAGCAGGGGUGGCAAAAGGAGCAGCAGCAGCAGCAGCAGCAGCAGGGGCGGCAGUAGGAGCAGGAGCAGCAUGUGUGGGGAAGGGGAGUGAGCUUGAGGGGCGGAUAAAGCUUGGGCUGGAGCUAGCAGGUGGUGCGAGUGAGGUGUGUGCUGAGAGCACUGCAAGAGGGGGGGAAGAGGAGAGGGGAGAGGAGAGGGGAGCGGGGAAGGGAGAGGAGAGAGGAGAGGGGAAGGGAGAAGAGAGGGGAGAGUUGAAGGGAGAGGAGAGUGGAGAGGAGAAAGACGAUAUGAGGGGAGAAGAAGGGCAGGUGAGCGGAAAGGCGCAGGGUGACAAUGCCCAGCACCACAAGGCGGAGGAACAAAGCAAUGGAGUGCAGAUCGGUGCAGGUGGUUUGAAGGGGGCAGAAGGCGGUGAGAGGAAGGAGGGGAGUGGGCUGGAUGGCACAGCGUGUGUUGAGGACAGUGCCAGCAGUGGGGCUGGUGGGGAUGGUGUAGGACCAGCGUUGAAGCGUGUAAGACCAGGUGCUGAAGCGGAUUUAGAUGUGGCGAAAGAGAGUGGAGGUGGGGGAGUAAAUGGCGUGGAGCGUAGGGAGAGAGAGGCAGCAGAGGGGACGACUAAUGGAGACGAGUCACGUGGGCCUGGCACACACAGCACAGAGGGAGGUGUAGCAGGGGAUGCAGGUGGGUCAUUGUUGCCUGGAGGCACAGGAUUCGUACCAGCAGGAGAACAGGACAGGGCACCUGCGGCAGCAGCACAGGUCGACGCGGGACAUAUAUCACCAUCAUCACUCCAUUCACCAGCACUGCAUUCACCAGCACUGCAUUCACCAGCACUGCAUUCACCAGCACUGCAUUCACCAGCACUGCAUUCACCAGCACUGCAUUCACCAGCACUGCAUUCACCAGCACUGCAUUCACCAGCACUGCAUUCACCAGCACUGCAUUCACCAGCACUGCAUUCACCAGCACUGCAUUCACCAGCACUGCAUUCACCAGCACUGCAUUCACCAGCACUGCAUUCACCAGCACUGCAUUCACCAGCACUGCAUUCACCAGCACUGCAUUCACCAGCACUGCAUUCACCAGCACUGCAUUCACCAGCACUGCAUUCACCAGCACUGCAUUCACCAGCACUGCAUUCACCAGCACUGCAUUCACCAGCACUGCAUUCACCAGCACUGCAUUCACCAGCACAGGCUCAUGCAGCGACCAAAGGAACACCGCCGCAAGAAUCGCAAGCGUCAGCGCUGGGAAACUUGGCAGCAGAAGGGCCGGGCUUGGGUGUUGCCGCCUCCCAUGAAGGCCCGGCGGCCUCUCCGCCCUCUGCCCGAACCACGCUCACUUCGCACCCAUUAUCUGCUUCCGCUGCACCUGCACCUUCGCCCCCCACAGCCGUUACGUCGACUACAGCUGCUCCACCCUCUACACCUGUCACACCUGUUCCACCCGUGGCAUCUGUAACACCCGUUACAUCCGUUACACCUGCCACACCUGUCAGCACCCCUGCAUCCACUCCCUCAGCACCCUCCCCUCUGCCAGCCACACCCCCUGCCACCACCAUGACUCCCCCAAGGGUGCCAGGGACCAUGCAGCUCCAGAUGCCCUCCCAGAAGCUAACCCCCACCAAUAUCCUCCCCCGCCCUGCUCCCUCCAACGCCCACCCUUCCUCAAACCACCAGUCCCCCUCCUCCCUAUCCUCUCACCCCCCUCCUCUGCACGCCUCCCCCCCUCUUUCCCACUCCUCCCCGCCAUCCCACUCCUCCCCAUCGGCACACUCCUCCUCCCAUUCCCCUUCCGGCCAGAGCAAGUGGGGGGCAGGGGUCGCUCUUCCCCGGCCCCUGCGCUCUGCCACUGUCAAGGUCUCCUCCUCCCUCUCUCUCUCCGCUGCUGGCUCGCGCCUCAUCUCCCGUGUUCGCUCCGUCACGCGCUCUAGAAGCACGGGGAGGAGUGCGGGUCUAGCGGAAGGGGGAGAGGAGGAGGGGAGUGAGGUGGGGAGCGGAGGUGAGGGUUCGAGUAGCGAGGCGGUUGGAAGGGGUUUGGAUGAAUUAGAGAGAGGUGCUGGGGGGGAUGCGCUGGUAGUGGGUUUGACUGUUGGCGAUGUUGGUACACGGGGUGAAGCAGGGGUGAUGGAAGGGGGACGAGGUGGGGAGAAGGAAGAAGUGGAGGCGAGAGAGAAGGAAGAAGAUGAGAAAGCAGGAGGAGAUGAAGUGAGGGAUACAGGCGGGAAAGGGUUGGACACGGAGGAACAACUACCGCAGCUACCACAGCCACAACCACAACCACAAUCGCAAUCACAAUCACAGUCACCACAGCAUCGGCAGCAGCAGCAGUAUCAAGGAGGAGGCGACGCUAAACAUGGAGACAUGGACAGCUCGACUUCUCCCCUGCACACCAUGGACUCACUAGCUGCGGCUCGUCGACGAGCCGGCUUCACUUGUUGUGUGCGGCCGCAUGUGAAGGAGUGAGGGGGGGACGAGCAGCUGGCAGUGUGGCACAUCAUUUUACACCCAAUACUUACUAACCGCUGGCCACUCUAGCAUGUUUUAGUUUGAAAAUGCAUCCAUGCAUACUCUGGUGUUGGCCUUCUGAUUGUUGUAUUGUGAUGGGCUAGAUCGUAGAUAACAUCUAGGGGGGAAGAAUUGCCGAUAUCCUACCGAUUGAAUGGUUU